GCACACGCGAGCGCCGGCCGUCUGUCACGUGGCCCUCGGCCGGGGCUCGCAAAGCCGGAAGUGUACCCUGGCGCGGGGAGGCCGCGGGAGCCCGCUGGCGGUGGCGAGGCAAAGACCCGGCUCUUAUAACAAGAAGAUCACCUAACCAAGCAGAGAUGCAGAGUACUUCUAAUCAUCUAUGGCUUUUAUCUGAUAUUUUAGGCCAAGGAGCUACUGCAAAUGUCUUUCGUGGAAGACAUAAGAAAACUGGUGAUUUAUUUGCUAUCAAAGUAUUUAAUAAUAUAAGCUUCCUUCGACCAGUGGAUGUUCAAAUGAGAGAAUUUGAAGUGCUAAAAAAACUCAAUCACAAAAAUAUUGUCAAAUUAUUUGCUAUUGAAGAGGAGACAACCACAAGACAUAAAGUACUUAUUAUGGAAUUUUGUCCAUGUGGGAGUUUAUACACUGUUUUAGAAGAGCCGUCUAAUGCCUAUGGGCUACCAGAGUCUGAAUUUUUAAUUGUUUUGCGAGAUGUGGUGGGUGGAAUGAAUCAUCUCCGAGAGAAUGGCAUAGUGCACCGUGAUAUCAAGCCAGGCAAUAUCAUGCGUGUCAUAGGGGAAGAUGGACAGUCUGUGUAUAAACUCACAGAUUUUGGUGCAGCUAGAGAAUUAGAAGAUGAUGAACAGUUUGUUUCUCUGUAUGGCACAGAAGAAUAUUUGCAUCCUGAUAUGUAUGAAAGAGCAGUGCUGAGAAAAGAUCACCAGAAGAAAUAUGGAGCAACAGUUGAUCUUUGGAGUAUUGGGGUAACAUUUUACCAUGCAGCUACUGGAUCACUGCCAUUUAGACCAUUUGAAGGGCCUCGUAGGAAUAAGGAAGUGAUGUAUAAAAUAAUUACUGGAAAGCCUUCUGGUGCAAUAUCUGGAGUACAAAAAGCAGAAAAUGGACCAAUUGACUGGAGUGGAGAUAUGCCUGUCUCUUGUAGUCUAUCUAGGGGUCUGCAAGUUCUACUUACCCCUGUUCUUGCAAACAUCCUUGAGGCAGAUCAGGAAAAGUGUUGGGGUUUUGAUCAGUUUUUUGCAGAAACUAGUGAUAUACUUCACCGAAUGAUAAUUCAUGUUUUUUCGCUACAACAAAUGACAGCUCAUAAGAUUUAUAUUCAUGGCUAUAAUACUGCUACUGUAUUUCAUGAACUGCUGUAUAAACAAACCAAAAUUAUUUCUUCAAAUCAAGAACUUAUCUAUGAAGGACGUCGCUUAGUUCUAGAACCUGGAAGACUGGCACAACACUUCCCUAAAACUACUGAGGGAAAUCCCAUCUUCGUAGUAAGCCGGGAACCUCUGAGCACCAUAGGAUUAAUAUAUGAAAAAAUUUCUCUCCCUAAAGUGCAUCCACGUUAUGAUUUAGAUGGAGAUGCUAGUAUGGCUAAGGCAGUAACAGGGGUUGUAUGUUAUGCCUGUAGAACCGCCAGUACCCUAUUGCUUUACCAGGAAUUAAUGCGGAAGGGAAUACGAUGGCUGAUUGAAUUAAUUAAAGAUGACUAUAAUGAAGCUGUUCACAAAAAGACAGAAGUUGUGAUUACAUUGGACUUCUGCAUCAGAAAUAUUGACAAAACUGUAAAAGUAUAUGAAAAGUUGAUGCAGAUCAACUUAGAAGCAGCAGAGCUAGGUGAAAUUUCAGAUAUACACACCAAAUUGUUAAGACUUUCCAGUUCUCAGGGAACAAUAGAAACUAGUCUUAAGGAUAUCGAAAGCAGAUUGUCUCCAGGUGGAUUGCUGGCAGAUACAUGGGCACAUCAAGAAGGCACUCAUUCAAAAGAUAGAAAUAUAGAAAAACUACAAGUCCUGUUAAAUUGCAUCACAGAGAUAUACUAUCAGUUCAAAAAAGACAAAGCAGAACGUAGACUAGCUUAUAAUGAAGAACAAAUUCACAAAUUUGAUAAGCAAAAACUGUAUUAUCAUGCAACAAAAGCUAUGACCCAUUUUACAGAUGAAUGUGUUAAAAAGUAUGAAGCAUUUUUGGAUAAAUCUGAAGAAUGGAUGAGAAAGAUGCUUCAUCUAAGGAAACAAUUGUUAUCUCUAACUAAUCAGUGUUUUGAUAUUGAAGAAGAAGUAUCAAAGUAUCAGCACUAUACUAAUGAGUUACAAGACACUUUGCCUCAGAAAAUGUUUGCAGCCUCCAGUGGAAUCAAACAUACCAUGGCCCCAAUUUUUCCAAGUUCUAACACAUUAGUGGAAAUGACUCUUGGUAUGAAGAAGUUAAAGGAAGAGAUGGAAGGUGUGGUUAAAGAACUCGCUGAAAAUAAUCAUAUUUUGGAAAGGUUUGGCUCUUUGACCAUGGAUGGUGGCCUUCGCAAUGUUGACUGUCUCUAGUUUUCUAAGAAGUUUGAGAAGACUUUCCGUUUGCACAAGAAAAUAAUGCUAGGGCAUUAAAUGAAUGCCUUUGUAAGUGGUCUCAUGUUUCUACAAUUCAGUAUUUGAUGUGAGAAUGUAAAUAUGUACUAUAUUGUAAAUACAUUAAAGAAUACUAAUUUUGGCUGCUGUUAAAAUGUAAUUUUACCUUUUAACAUUUAUAAGUACAUGAGGAAAUUUGACCUCAGCGAGCACUAGAAGAAAGCCAUGACCAAUAUGGUGAUACUGAUCCUCUACUUUUCUGUAGAGGUUCCUAGGGCUAAGUCUUAUUUCUCUGACUGCCUACUGGGAAUAUUUUUAAGUGGAGCCAAAAUUGGCAUCCUUACAAAUCGGAGCAGACUGAUAAUUGAUAUGUUUGUAAGUGGUAGAAUGGAGAAGUGGCUUCUGUGAAUGAGGAGCAGAACCAAACCACUGUUAUACUAGGAUCACAGUUUGUUUUGUUUUGUUUUUUAAGGAUAAAAUGGCUUUAUUUAAUUUUACAAGGUGCCCAGAUCUCCAGUUAUCCUUGUAUCUGUUUAACUUCAGGUGAUGAAUUAUUGAACAAAACAUUUUAAGUGAUUUAAUUAUUAAAACCCAUUCAUUUUUCUUUUGGCCAUCAGUGUAUACUUGUUAAAAAUUUUAGGGUCAUUUCAACUGUUUUAAGCUGUAUAUUUUUUCUUUGCUUUAAUUCUGCUUACUACUUCGUGAAAAAAUAUUAAUAAAUUUCUUGAUUUUAAUGUAAAGAGUU